ACAACAACUAUUCAAGCAGUACUUACAAUGGAGAGCAACAAGCUCCCGCCUGUCCUCCUCGCAGCCUACACCGCGCUCCUGGCCCUUGCCGCACCCUUGAUCGCAGGCGACCCCGACAUGCUCCAGGACCUGUGCGUCGCCGACUACAAAUCACUCGACGGCCCACUGCGGCUGAACGGGUACCCGUGCAAGAGGCCGGAGACCACGAUGCCCAACGACUUCUUCUCCGACGUGCUGGCCGUCCCUGGCAACACGGGCGGCAACCCGUCGGGCUCCGCGGUGACGGCCGCGAACGUAGACAAGGUCCCGGGGCUCAACACGCUGGGCGUGUCCAUGUCUCGCGUCGACUACGCACCCUGGGGCGUGAACCCGCCGCACACCCACCCACGGGCCAGCGAGCUCCUCUUCGUCCUCGAGGGCUCCCUCGACGUCGGCUUCUUCACCAGCUCCGGCAAGUUUGUCGGUCGCACCGUCUGCAAAGGGGAAAUGUUUGUCUUCCCACGCGGCCUCAUCCACUUUCAGAGGAACAACAAUGGCGCUCCCGCAGCCGCCAUAUCGGCCUUCAACAGCCAGCUUCCGGGCACGCAGAAGCUGGCUGAGGCAUUGUACACUGCCUCGCCGCCGGUUCCAACCGACGUGCUGGCCAGGGCGCUCAAUGUCCACGACUGCAUGGUCGAGCUGUGCGUAAUUUAACAAAUUAAUCUCCGCGAUCAGCACUUGAAUUCGCUCGUCACCUUUUGUAUAAUAUAUGAUGUUUAUGCCAAUUUUUGUCAUUUCUCUGUUUACUGUUGCUUUUUCCUCAUGGAGUGCUGGUGAUAUAUAUGUAUGCAUGGUUUUGGUUUAUAUAUAUGUACUGCCCCAGAAUUAUUAAUUGUUAUUUUCUUAAAUGA